GUUCUUUUUUCUUUCUUACGAAGUCACGAGAGCUUUGACCAUGCUGGAGUUAUACAAUGUCUGGCAACAGGAUGAGGGUGUUUAUUACGAACCAGAUCAGGAGGUUCAAGCCUUUCAACAAGUCAGAUUUAGUAUUCAAAUCCAUAGACUGCUUAAAGAUAAUAAUGGUCGCGUGAGGGAGAGAGUUGUAGAAUUCCAGGAUGACGGAUUUUGGAUCCGUUCCGAACUGUUUUCCUCUGUCGACCUAUUUGUUUACAUAGCUGGCUGUUUAAAUCAAGCUGGAAUUCACAGUCUUGAUAUUGAACAGGUGCUGAUUGGAACUUUCUCCGAAAUAACUUUGAUUCUGAAUAAAGAAGAGAAUUCCAAAGUCUGCGUAGUACCGAUAAUGUUAUGUGUUUACAAAUGGGAACGUUGGGAAGAUGCAGCAGAGGCAGAGGAUAUGGCAGUGGAGGAAGCAAUGGCAGCAACAGCUCUGAAACCAGUACCUGCAACGAAGGAAUCCAUCCAGGCACUACGAAAGGUCAAGCUUGGAGAUAUCCCUUGUGUUUCUCGCGAAAUAUGUGUGAUUUGCCUGGAGGAACUCUCACUGCAGGCAAUGGAUCUCACAAGCAUGCCCUGUGCUCAUCUCUUUCAUGGAAAUUGCAUCGUGAAGUGGCUGAAUACCAGUCACUUGUGUCCAUUGUGCCGCUUUCCGAUGCCGACUUGUGCAAAUCAAUAAUUUGGCCGAUAAUUUGCGUGGCUUUUGUUUCUCAUCAUCAUUGUAUAAACCAAAUAUUGUUGCUAGUUUUUUUUGGAUGGUUCAUUAUUGCUGGGUUUUCAAAUUUCAACUUAUUAUCAUAGUUGCUGAAUUAAUUUAAGUUUGCUACUGAUCUCUUUCACAAUUUUGGA